UGAACGUAUACAUGCAUGAUGUGCUCCUCCAGCUUGUCUAGAACUGAAACAAAAGAAGGAAGAAAGGCGGCCGGACAACCGGAGGAGGUUAUGGCACACGAGUUACGUAGUAGUAACCUUAAGGGACUUUACAGGAAGUUCAAGCCACACCUCCUCAUGAUAUUAGCCCAGAUGGGGUAUACAUUUCUGUAUUUUAUCACAGAAGCGUCCUUCAAUCAUGGGAUGAACCCUCACGUCUACAUAACUUAUCGAAAUAUUGUGUCCGGCGUAGUGAUGCUCCCUUUUGCUUAUUUUCUUGAAAGAACAGAGAGACCAAGGCUCACUUUUGCACUUUUCUUGGAACUUUUUUUACUCUCUCUAUUGGGUGUGGGCUUGACAUUAAACAUGUACUUUGCAAGCUUAAGAUACACCUCUCCGACCUUCCUUGCAUCAAUAAUCAACACCAUAGCGUCCCUAACCUUUGUAAUUGCAAUUGUACUGAGGUUGGAGGCUCUUGACCUUCGAAAUCCUCGAGGGUUAGCAAAAGUUUUGGGUACCCUAAUCUCCUUAGCGGGUGUGAUGACCAUGACAUUGUACAAGGGGCCUAUUAUCAAAAAUUUAUGGCCUGCACUAAUCCAUGUUGAAGGAAAAUCCUCCAUCCAUGAGAACUGGCUAAAGGGUUCAAUUCUAACCGUUGCAAGUUGCAUAACAUGGUCGGCAUGGUACAUCAUGCAGGCAAUCACAUUGAGAAGAUAUCCUGCACAACUAUCAUUGACUACAUGGAUGAGCUUUAUAGGGGCAGCACAAUCCGCUGUCUUCACCGUGUGUAUAGAACAUAGACGAGCUGCUUGGACAAUCGGAUUCAACAUUGACCUCUGGUCGACAUUAUAUGCUGGAGUGGUGUGCUCAGGUCUAAUAAUCUUCAUUCAACUAUGGUGCACAGAAGAGAAAGGGCCAGUUUUUGUGACCAUGUUUAAUCCUGUUUCAACAAUUUUGGUGGCUGUUUUAGCUUACUUUGUCCUCGGUGAAAGACUUUAUGCUGGCAGCAUAGUAGGGGCAUUCAUUGUCAUCCUUGGUCUAUACUUGCUGUUAUGGGGAAAAGAAGGUGAUGAAGUUUAUGUCAAGGCGGAAGAGGCAUCUUAUCAGACGAAGUAUGAAGAGCAUAAGGAUAAUGGCGUGCAGAUCACUUCAGCUAACAAAAAUGUGCAGCAUGGUGAACCAUAAAGAUAAGAUUGGAUCCUUCCCUGGAAUCCAUCGAGAUGGAAAUCACGAAUCAAAAUUCGAACAUAAUAAAAACUAAAAGAAGAAGAUGAAGGUGACAAAGAAAAGCUAGUUGAGUGAUAAACAUGAGAGCAAGAGAAUGAAGUCUGCUUUAACCUUGGUUAUAGGUAGAGAUAAAUUCGUGAUUGUUUCCGUGGGAUGAGGCUGCACAUCUUUUAGCCCUUCAUGCUCUAAAAUCUAAAUUUUGAUGAUUUAAUUUGGAUUGAAGAAGCACUCUUUAAUUUGAUUACAUAACCAGUUGUAAUCCCCAAUGUUAUCAGAACUUUUCUUCUAAUAA